AUGCGCUCUUCGCUGAAACUACUCGCGGCGGUCAACCCCACCCGGUCGUCGAAGCUCAGGAAGCCGACGAUAAGUCUCGACCAUUUUAUCCAAAGACAGCGCGUCAUUGCGCUAUGGCGUGAAAUCGUCAGGGCUUUGAACAAAAUUCCCAAUUCGCCGACACGUAGCGAACUGCGGGACUAUGCUCGCCAGGAGUUCGAACGUCAUCGAAAUGUGACCGAUCUUCAACAUAUAAGAUAUCUCAUCUCGACGGGCAAGUCAGAGUUCGACAUGAUGAGACGGUACAUUGAUGAGCAGGCGGCCUGA